AUGGAGCUCUCUGCCCUUUCACCGCUCGGAUUUGCCAUCCCCAAUUGCAACCGCUUGGCGGAGCAGCCGCAUCUGCACGUCACACAUGCCCGAUGUGAGCAAGCAAAAAGCCAACGUUCCAACGCGCAGUCCCUGUGCCUGGCUUCAUUGGCUGCAGCAGCAUGUGUGCGCGCUGCCGUAAAAAGACGAGCCUAUGGUGGUGGCUAUGGCGGCGGCUAUAGAAACAAUAAUUUGGACCCAGAAGAAAUCAGGCGCCGAACCGAAGAGAAGCGAGAAAGGGAGACACAACAGUUCUACAUGUUCCAGAGGUCGAUCAUAAGCCGCGGAGGAGUCCAGCCGCAGGAUGAUGCACACUGGGAUGCGCUGGAGAGGAGAAUCUUUGGACAAAAUCACGUUAAAGCUGGCAUCAACUUCGCCAAGUACGACAACAUUGAGGUAACUCCAGAAGGUGGGACUGGAAAAGAGCAGCCGAUUUCCUCGUUCCAGGAAGCAUGUGAGAAGUACCAGCUGCCCGAUGAGCUGACAGCGAAUCUUGAGCGAUGCGGCUACGACACCCCGACGCCCGUUCAGAAGUACAGCAUCCCUGCGGUGCUGGAAGGCAGUGACGUGAUGGUUGCUGCACAGACUGGCAGUGGCAAGACCGCGGCAUUCUUGGUGCCCAUCAUCACAGCUGCUUUACAGGCUGGACCAAAG